AUGGUCUCAUUGAGCUACCUCAUUCACGAGCCGCACCCCUCAGCUCCUAGAGGCAGAAGCACAGCAUACCUUGGCUCUGGACGAGGAGGCGCUGGAAACUACGCUCGUUACAAGGUCGAGGAUCUUACUGUCGGUCACGAAGCUACUGGUCCUGCAUCCCGUGCUGCCAUGUCUCCUCCUCCAUCAACCCAGAAGUACAUUGCUGGCAGAGGUGGCAUGGGAAACACCUUCACUCGCCAGGAAAGCCAAAGAGCCAUCUUCUCCUUCGAUGAAGAGCUCGCUCGUGACCAGAAGCUCAUGGAUGCUCGUGCCAAGGCUCCUGUUUACCACACUGGCAGAGGAGGCUCAGGCAACUUCGUCGACGAGAUGAAGCCUUCCGCCAGCCGUCAGAACAGCGCUGCUUCCGUCUCAUCAAAUGGCUCAUCUGUGUCCGACAAGGCCCGCCGCAUCGGUGGUGCUUUCAGAAGCCUGAGCAGAACCUGGAGCAGAGACUCUGGCCGCGAGUAG